AUGGAAGACGAGCAGCGAAGCAGAUUCAGAAAAAUUUGUGUUUUCUGCGGAAGCCACUCUGGUCACAGAGAGGUUUUCAGUGUUGCUGCCAUUGAACUCGGCAAUGAACUCGUGAAGAGGAAGAUAGACUUGGUUUAUGGUGGAGGAAGUGUUGGGUUGAUGGGUCUAAUAUCCAGGAGAGUCUACGAAGGUGGUUUCCAUGUACUCGGGAUCAUUCCCAAAGCUUUGAUGCCAAUUGAGAUAUCUGGUGAGACGGUUGGAGAAGUGAGAAUAGUUGCAGACAUGCACGAGAGAAAGGCUGCAAUGGCACAAGAAGCUGAAGCCUUCAUUGCACUCCCUGGAGGUUACGGAACAAUGGAGGAACUGCUGGAGAUGAUAACAUGGUCACAACUUGGUAUCCACAAGAAGACGGUUGGUCUAUUGAAUGUUGAUGGAUACUAUAACAAUUUGCUUGCUUUGUUUGACACUGGCGUCGAAGAAGGCUUUAUCAAGCCAGGAGCAAGAGAUAUUGUGGUUUCUGCACCAACAGCCAAAGAGCUUAUGGAAAAAAUGGAGGAAUAUACGCCUUCACACAAGCAUGUUGCAUCGCACGAAAGCUGGAAAGUUGAAGAACUCGGAGCUUACCCGGGACAAGAAAACAAGCCGCAAUAA